GAGUGCAAAGUUCACGUCUCUGUAUUCAUAACAAUCGUCGCGAGGCACGCGCUUUUCAUUUUUCGCGACUGCUCGUCGUUCAAUUUGUAAUAUUUCAAUGGCAAGCUCUUGAUACAUAGUACAGCCAAGUCAAGUAGGAUGGAACCAAGGUCUGGGUGGGAAGUGUUUGAUUCACCAAAAUCUCAAACUCCCGAGAACGUAGAAGAUGUAAGCCUGCGACAGAACGGCCGAAAGGAAGCAUUUAUCGAAACUAUUUCAGAGAAAAAGAAUGAAACAAAGUUACACAGCCAAAACGAAAUUGGUGAAGACAAAAUCACAUCAUUAUUUCAAGCAACUAGUUCUCAUAGAAGUGUUGAUGUCACUUUUCCACCUCAUCAUUUAUCUUCAAGCAAUCAGAGGGUUUUGCGCCCAUCUUCAGCAAUACCAAGAGUUUCACCGACAUCUGAAGACAGAUCUGAUGGUGUAAUUUUAUCAGCAAUAUUUGCUGUUGAUAAAAUAAGUUAUGACGUAGAAUUGUUUGACGAUCGAAUAGUGUGGACACCUGUUACUCCAGGCAAAACGAAGAAACCUGUAUCAGAAUCUCAUCAAGAUUUACCAAUGGUUGAUAAAGGAAUGAUUUAUUUGCAUGAAAUAUGUUCGGUCAGAUUGAAAAAUAUCAAAAGUAUCAGAUCUGGAAGCAUCACAACUAUUGGGUUUGCCAUUUUCACAGCACAAUCGAAAAGUGGAAACAAACUUCGAGAACAGUCAAUGUUAUUCCUUUGUUUUAGUCGAGAAAUUUGUAUUCAAUGGGCAUCAAGGAUAAAAGCUGCGAUAACAGCACGAGUAGAACGUCCAAAGCGUCUUUUGAUUCUUUCAUCGGGAUCAAUUCAAUCUCGAAUGAUGUGGGACGACAUGAUUGAUGCAAAAAUACAAAUGGCUUGCAUAAAAGGACAAUUGGUAGAAAUUGUCAAACCAAAUUCUGUUACGGAAUAUAUUCAAAAAAUGUUGGCAGAACAGUCUGUUAGUCGAGAUGCCGAGUCUUACGAUGGAAUUCUCAUGCUUGGAAAAAUUGGAUUGUUCUCAGAAGCUGUGAAUGCAAUUCUACAAUUCAAAAAAGAAAUUUUAAGAUCAGGAGCUUGGCAUCCAAACAUACCAACAUUAGGCUUUAUUCCGACGGCGAGCGUUAGCUAUAUUUCGAGUGAAAUCCACGGCUGUUCAGAUGCAGAAACUGCCCUUUUUCAUGCAUUGUAUGGUUGCACUCAAACAGUACCCAUUAGUUCGUACUAUGAUGAAGAUGGAAAUUUUUUGAAGUAUGGUAUUGUUGCGUCAUAUGGUUUCUCAGGUGGUGAUACAACUUAUGAUACCACAACAAAAGGAUUUGGUGCGAUACAGAGUAGCAUUAAGAAAGGAUUUGCUUUCACAAAAGCCAUUGUUCAGAGGAGAUCGUAUUCUUGUGAAAUACAUUAUAAAGAUUCCCCUCAAAGUUUUGAACCUUUUGAUGAAGAUGAACUUUUCCAAGGCGAAUUCAAGAAAUAUUCUAUCGUCAAUCAAUUCUACGUUGAAGAUGAUGAUGAACAAUGUCAUUCAAGGUCAUCGUUACACCCACCACAUGAUUCUGACUCCGGUGUAUGGCCCCAGUUUGAUAAGUGGGAUACAGUACCUUGUCGCUGCUAUCUGGAUAUCACUGUAACGUCGUUACCACAAAAUAAUGAUGAAUUUUCUGAUGGUUGCCAACUUUCUGCUACCUUGGUUCGUGAAACUAUGUCUAGAAAAGAAUUGUUGAAAGGAAUGGGGAGUCAGGUUUCUAUUUCUUCUGUAAUGAGUCAGAAAAAUAAAUCGGAAAUUCAAGAUAAAACUGACGUGAUACGAGCGAGUGAAUUUGUUAUUAAGCCGACUAGUCUAUCAUCAAAUGGUUCUUCAAAUUCUAACAACUUCUCAAAAUGGACGAUCGAUGGAAAUUGUUUGGAUUCAAAAAUACAAGAGCUACAUGUUAAAGUUGAAGAACUUCCUCUUAUUAUGUAUGGCCGUACAUCUGGACAACCUUUAUGUCUUCCACUAGACCAAACAAUAUUACGACUCACAUCUACCCCUGAGGAUGUCGCACUCGAUUCUAUGGCUUGAAAUUGAUUAUGUAUCUGUAUCGAGAAGCAGGGAUGGCCAUAACUGAAUACUGGACUAAACGCUAUUUUAGCCACAAAACACACAAAAAUUUCUUGUUAUGAUCGGCUAUAAUCUAAACUUAAUAUGUAAAACAAAAUUGAUUCUUUGCGCAAUGUGCCCUUUUUUCAUUCCUGGUUUCUUGUCACGUUCGCGCAUGUCCAUCCUCGAUUAUGAUGUAAUACAACAUAAUUAGUCUGAAGUGAGUUCAAUGAAAAUCUUCCUGACAGCAUCAUCGGCAAUGUAUGAAAUGUGUACAAAUUUUGCUAUUCGUUUUAACACUAGCGAUGUUAAGUGGUGGUUGUAUUCAAAUUUAUUCACUAUUUAACUUGAUAUGGACAUCCCUGCCGAAAAUGUCAGGUAUUGAUUAAUGUGCCAAUAUCCGUACCAAAAUCACACUUCAUUAUUGCUUCAGAGCAACAUAAUGUUAUGAGCCGGAUUUAGCUUCACAUAUUUUAGAUUUUCAUUUCAAAAUUGCAUAUUUAUCUUCUAAAUAAUUUUAAAUUAGAGCAAUUAAAUUAAUUUUAAUUAAUAUACGGUAGUUAAUUACGGUAGUAUAUUAAUUAUUACAUCAAUUUUCAAUUUCUCUCCGAAUUGAAUUAUUUAAACAGAUGAUACUGUGAUAUUAGUAGGGGAAAUAAUCAUCAAUUUGAUACUCUUGUCCCUUACAUAAGCCAUUCAAUUCUUGCUUAGUUGCUGUCUGGUAUUUCAUUCUAACAUGACGUAAUAUUAUGGCAUGCACUUAAUUGUACAAUUUGCGUCCAUUGUAUGUAUUUUUCUUACUAUCGUAUAUUAUAUACAUGGGUAUUUUCAGUAUUUAUAAAAAGUUUCAUACUACAACGAAGAUAGCAAGCAGUUACUGCAAAUAUCCUUUAAUAAUAUAUAGCAAAAUUUGUUUUUUCGUUGUUACUUAAAAAAAUUCGUUUUAUUAUUUUUAUACUCUCAAAAAUCUUCAAGAAGCAUUCUGCUAUAUGCAUUUUGUAUUUUUGAUACUGGAACCCUAUGUUUUUGUAUCUGGGAAUUUUUUGUUAAAUCUGAUUUUCUAAGUUCUUCCAUUAAUACUCGAAUUUGCUUUACAAAACAAUAUUCUCAAAUUUUAACUAUAAUUUUAAUCUUGUGACUCUACUGUCUACUGUCGAUUAUUCUCUGCUAUUAACUCUUUUGAUUUUAUGCUCCAAAUCUAAAAAUUUCAGUAUUAUAGAAAUAUUCUCUCGAUUAGUUUUGUUAAUUAAUAUUCUGAAAAUACCUCCAACAUAGUAUUAGCUUUAAAUUUUAUUUAUAUUAAAUUUUCAGGAAUGGGCUUAACUAUGACAUUAUCAAAAUUGGGAUCCAAUUGAUUUUGAUAUAGAGAUUCAAAUUUGUCUAAAUUAUAAUUCGGACAGAUAUGAAAAAUGAUGAAAGGCGAACUAUAAUUUUAUUCUUUAAAAUUGAUAGUUAGUGUAAACAUAUUGUAACUUGUCAUAUACUACUACUAGCGAUUCAUGAUUUGGUUAAUUACACUCAAUUGUACUUCUAACAUGACAAAAUUGUACUUAAUAUUAUGAUAAGUACCGUAGAUAAAGAUGUUUUCUGAAGCAAUUUUUUUUCAGCAAAUUAAAUAUUUAUGCAAACGUUUGCUAUGCAUUAUGAUUCUAAUUCACGAAGCAUUAUUUGCUACUUAGCUAUUUUUCAAUUCUUCCAAAGAUUUUUAAAGGUUACUGAUAUAAUUUUUCAUAUUUGAUUAGAAGUCUUUUAGAUAAUUUUGUAAUUUUUGUAUUUUAGUAUUUUAUUAUUAAAUUACGGUAAUUUCUUUGCACGAUAGGUAAUCAAUAUUUUGAUUUUAUCAAAUGGUUAGGAGGAUUGAUUUUCUAAUUCUUUUCAUAUAAAGUCAACAUUACAUUAUAUGGAUUCAUCAUUUGUUAUCAUUUUAAAAAAUAUAUAAUAAGACUUGAAAAAAAUAAAAAUUUUCAGCAGUAUUGAAUAGUAGAUAUCCCAUGUCAGCUUUUUAUACAGAAUUUUAUUGGACAUUGGAAAUUUUCAAUUACAAGUUAAUUUAAUUACAGUUAUCUUUAUUAAAUCUUUCUUACGAAAAGGCCAAAUUUUUAAUUCCAUGUGAUAUCAGUAAAACAGUGCCAUCAUGAGUUUUACCAAUGAAUGCUCACAUAUACAGAGUCAUAAUAAAUUUUCCAUCUUUUUACUCCGUUUCAAUUUGUUUUAAUUAGAUCAUAAAAGAUGGUUUCAGUGACCUCUCGAGAAUUUAUCAAUAUUUGUUGCAUACUGACACUAUCUGAAUGUUUUGAACUCUCAAGACCUUGUUUGAUUUUCACCCCAAAAGGUUUAAAAUAUUUUUCAAUAUUCGAGUUUAUUUCUUAAAUUUUCCAUUUUUGAACUUUCUGCAAAAAAUACAAGAAGUACUGUUCCAUGUUA